ACCCAAACCAUGACAUGUGUCUGACAUUAUUCUUUGUAAUGUUUAGAGAGAUUUGACCACAACCCCCUUUGUAAAAAGAUCUGUGGCUGUUGGAAAGAACCCGCUGCUCCACACCAGCGAACACGUCUCUGAGCAAAGCAGCUGGACUCAGGACAACCGAGUCUCCCGGGAGGUUUGUAUCUCCAAGCAGAGGAGUGGCGUUGGGACGGGCGGAGGCAGAGUCCUGAGAAACCGUCCAAACAAUCAUCUGAAUCUGUGUUUCCAGUCGGGUCCAGACCAUAUAAAGGCUGAUGUUAUUCCAGUUCAUCCACGGAUAAAUGUUGUUAGCACGGAUUAGCCUAACCCUAACCCUUCUUCCAGGUCCGUUCUGCCUAAAUAAAGCACUGACCGCACGGAUUUAAAAACUAUUAGCAAACAAGCACUAAAUAAUAAUCAUUAACUAUAAUAAUAGCACGUUUAGAAAAUCAUCUCGCUCUAUGUUGGAGCUUUGUUUUCAACAGAACUCAUCAUUUCUUCUUCUACUGCUGUACGGUAAUUUAUCCGGACCAAUCACCAUCUGACACGUCAUCCGAACAAAAGGACCGCCAAUCAAAUAGUGAUAGGUGUCACAAACGAACACUUAUUGCAGGCUGAACAGUUUUGGUACCUGCAGUGGAGGUCUCUGAAUCAUUAGGGACAGGACUGAGUCUGUUCUACCAGCCGCCUUCAGGAAGACGUGACCCCUCCCACACAGAGACGAUGGGGAGGAGCUUCUUUGCUCAACAGUGCACCCCACAGCUAAUUAUGUAUGUAUUUGUUUAUUUAUUAGGUUAGUUAUUUUAAUUUAAAUUGAUUGAUGAAAGCAUUUCAUGGUUGCAUUGCAAUGGAAUUUGAGCAUGUGAGAAUCAAAACUGGAGUGACUGAUUAAUUGAGCAGCAGUUUGGAGGAGAUGUUAAAUAAGGACUGGCUCCUCUUGUAAAGGUGGUCUGUAGUGGUGGUCCAGUCCAGCUUGUUGGUCACCUAUAGGACUGUACCAUCUCCACACGUCUCCCUCAGUGUGCGUGGGGCCGUGGUGUUGGAGCUCCAGGACCAUUUCUUUGGUCUUCUGGACCUUCAGCUGCAGCUGAUUCUUCCUGCUCCAGACCCACAAAGUCCUCCACCAGCCGCCUAUACUCCCCAAUCCUCUCCCCCUCGAAGGACGCCACAAAGGUUGUACCGUCUGAAAACGACUGCCGCGGUGUUGUGGCAGAAGUCAGACGUUUACAGUGUGAACAGAUCAGGAGACAGGACAGUUCCCUGCAGCUGAGUAGGUAAAAAUAGAAACUUUAUCAAGUUUUGCAUUCCUGCAUGAACUUUUGUCUUUCAACCUUGAAUAAGUUUAACCUAAACAUGAUAUAAUGUAAAAAAAAAAAAAAUGUUCAUUUUUAUUCAGUAAGCUGCAGGAUAGUUAAAGUAUUUCAAAGGGCAAAAGAAAAAAAUCAAAUGUACAUAAAAUGCUCUGUGAGCUGAACUGUGGGCAUGUAGAGCUGCUACUGUUUUCUGCUCUUAGUUGCUGACGCCCACCACCCCCUUUCUGUCUUUUAAAUGGCUGAAACCACAGGAAGGAGGAAGUGGUUGUUUUGUGUGUAAUUCAUUUUCACAAACAGAUACACAGUGACCCUCAUAGGAAAUUUCUGCCACUGCUUCGGUAAAUGACAGACCAAAUACUGGCAUUGCUGUACCGGCUUGCCCACUUUGGCAACAAUGAGGCCCAUUUCUAUGUAUUUCUGUCUUUUAUACGCUGCCGUCACAGAGAGUUAUGAGAUCAAUAUAGAAGGAUUUGAAGGGGAACAGACCUCGUUCCUCUGCUCUCAUAAACUGGCAAGUUCGAGGAAAAAGUACUUCUGCAAAGAUCCAUGCAAUAAGGACGAAGACAUCUUGGCUACAGUUGUACCUGGUGGAAGGACAGUGAAAGGACGACUUUCUCUGAAGGACUUUGGGGACGGAGUCUUCAGUGUGACUUUCAAUCCGCUCCAGCUGUCAGACACACAUCUAUACUACUGUGCGGUGGAAAGACUCGGCUUUGUCACAUACACCUCAGUGGACAUACGUGUUCAGAAAGCUCUGACCACACCUGCGUCACAUGUUUCUUCAACAUUCCCACCCCAGCCUGUUUCCAGCUCAGCACCAUUAUUCACGAACUCCACCAUGGAGCCAACAAACUCCUCCACAGCCACAAUUCCACCAGAAAAUGAAGAGAAAGUGAACUGGGGAACAGUAUUAUAUGCUACAUCGGGAACCUUUGCAGUGCUCGUUCUGUUGAUACUAGCUGCAUGCUGCUGGAACCUGAAAGACAUUUCAAAACCUCAACUGAAUAUCUGCUCCACUAACAGAGACGCCAGCACACAGGAGAUUCAAAGCGAGAUGGAUUGUGAGAAGAUGGAAAAGAGGAUCAAGACGGUGUUUCAGAUUAACUGUGUCAGUGGUCAAGGUCAAAUGUCAGGAAGUCAAGAGCUUCGUAUUUAUGAAAACCUCCCAAAUGUGAGAGACACUGCAGGUUUUAGAUUAGCAGGUUACCAAAAGAAUCACAAAAAUACCUCUGAAAUCUAUUUAAAUGUUUUGCCUUGAGAAAAAUCUGAAAAAAACCAAAACUUUUUUGUUACCAAGAACGACUUGAAAACCACAAAGAUGUAGAGACACAAAAAGAAACGUGUCCGCCUUUUGUAAUCACUGAUGUGACCAAUCUUUGACUGAUUAUGUGGGAGAAAAAAAUCUUGGUUUGGGGUCUUCUGUAAGUAUUAAACAGGUCUGGGUGUUAACUCCUAUUUUAGAUGGAUGGGUUGUAAAAUCAGAGGAUUGGGUGUUUGCAUGUGUGUCGAUUGAAAUCGUAUCAGAAAUUGGUGUAUAGAUGUGUGGAGUUUAGGGGUUCAACUUGAUAGAGCGUCUGUCAGAACCAUUGGCGAUAUAAAAUACACACAUGGACAACUUUGUUGGUAACCUUUGGUUAAUGCAGUGCUUCUCAAAUAGUGGGGUGUGAUGCCAGGGGGUGUGUGCAGUAGUAGUGGUUAUAGGCACAGGUAAUACGGGCAAUUGCCCAGGGCACAAAUUUAACGGGGCGCGGUGGUGACAGCAGCUCAGAGCUUGGAAAAAAAUCUGUGCCACUAUUGGUUACCUAUCAUCUGUUCUAUCACACAGUUUGUAACAGCCUGAAACUGUGACCUGCCGUCCCUGUAGCUGCUCCUGUCACACGCAUGUGUGAGAAGGGGAAGGGAGGGGAGGGCUAGUGGGCUCAGGCUGCGAGGUGAAACGCGCACGCGGAGAGCUAGAUUGCACAACACCAGGAUCAUUGUGCAUUUAGAUGACUCAGCUCAUGCUAAUAAUGUCAUUCAUUCAUUUGAUGACGUGUCUUUAUUUUCCAUAAAUGUAUGUUUGUCUGCCUGUGGUUUAGUUGGUGUCAGUAUUUGACAUAAAGACAGAAGGUAAUGCAAGAAAACAGCUGCAAUUUAUGAGAACAUAGAUAAACAAUCCAUCAUUUAGAAAAAAAAUCAGCACAAUUUUUUUAACCUAUUUCUUCAGACUAAAAACGUUAAUG